AUGACACUCGCGGAAAUCAGUCGCGAGAAGCAGCCUGCUGACGCCACCAGAGGUAGCAUCGGCACGAGCUGGCGCGAAUUGGUGGCGCUGAGAGGGUUCGUGCAGGCCGGUCAGGCAGGCGUCCUUCCAUGGGAUCGUCCACCCCCGCUGCUGCCAGAUCAUGGCGGGCAGCAGCCGUGCGCCUUCAUGGAGAGGACAGAGACGAUUCUACAGCCGAACCUGCAUCUGCUGUAUGGUUGGGUCAUGAAACCAAGUCACAUGAUCCACAUACAGAAAUCUAUCCCCUUCUCUCUAGCAGAGAACACGCACCCAUCAGCGCUACGCGUCAACAUCUCACUGGAGGGUGUCACGCAGCGCUUGCCUCUAUACACAACGUACAGUCACGUCCGCAAGGCCCACCCCUCGUGGGGCGAUGCCGCCCUGCGCGUGCUUAUAGGGAAACCCCUGCCAGUGGGCCUGCACACAGAGGAGAAGGUGCUGCCCAUCAAUCACGAAGUGACAGCUGUCGGGCAUGUGAGAUUUGGAUCCGACGGUCGUCCCGCCAUCUUCGCGUCGCCCAAAUUUCGUUAUUUCCUCUUUUCUGACACCAAGGCAGGCAUGCUUCAGAAGCUGAACCAUGAGUGGGCGGUGCAGCUGUUGGUGUGCUUGCUGCUCUCUGCUGCUGCUGCGGGCCUCGUUGGCUUUGCUGUGUGGAG